AUGAUCGUGGCGAUCGUGGCGAUCGCGGGCAGCGUGUCGCUCCAUUGUACACGUGCCACCAAAGCUGUAACUGCUCUUCGGUUAGCUGUCGUGUGGAGCGACUCCUCGCUGCUGGGCAGGCGGCUCUCUGAAGACUCAGGCCGCCAGCAGUCGGAGAAGUGGACGAGCAUGUGGAACUCCGAGAACUGGAGCGCGUCCGAGGCCAGCGCCGAGGAAUCGCAGUGCGAUGCGCCCGUGGACGAGAUGCCGCUGGUAUAUCUAUGCUCCGGCUGCCGGCGGCCGCUGGGCGACUCACUGAGCUCGGUGUCUAGUAAAGAGGAGACCGACUCCAUCCUGCUCCGCGAUGUUUCCUCUUAUGUUUCUGUGGACAAAGAACAGAAUGUGUCUGAACAUAAAAAGGAAAAUGGUUGUGUUCUUGAGACCUUAUACUGCAAAGGAUGCUCACUCCAGCUUGGCUACAAGUACAGUUGCACACCCAAGAAUCUUAAUUUCAAGAAAAACUUGUUUUGCCUUAGUGCCGGUGCCAUUGAUAAAUAUAUUUUAGGAUCUUCUGAAAAGCGAAUUGUGUCAGAAGAUAACGAACUCUUUAAUCUUGAGAGCAGAGUUGAAAUGGAAAAAUGUCUAAAACAGAUGGAAGAUGUUUUGCAUGCAUUACAAAUGCAGCUGAAGGACGUUGAAUCAAAAGUGCUUUCUGAUAAAAGCUGA